AAAAAAGCUCACUCAAGUGACAGUACAUCCAGCCACAGAUUAUUGAUGAACGGCGAGAUUUACUGAAAGGUUUCCAGAUCUUUGGCCAUUAAACUAGUAAGUUUAACGAAUCCAGACGAAAACAGUGCCACACGAGACGAAACACAUGGGCGGGGAAUGUUAAAAAAGACCCGCCUCCUUGUUGUCAUGAGCGGAAAGUAGUCACCGGGUCAGAAAGGCAAGAGUGAAACUUCGGAGGUCUGUCCUGAGGAAACCUAGGGCACUUUAAUCACGGACCGGAUGGAAUCGGAGCCGCUGUUAUCCGAAAGCAGAAAGCGGGAAUCGGUUGAUUACGGCUCGCGACAUGACUCUCAAUCCGACUCCCAGUCUGACUCUAAGGAGACGAGACGACUCUCUAAUUCACACAGCAGAGACUCUGUCCAUGUCCAAGAAAGCGAUGAUGACCUGUACAUCCAGCAAGCGGUUGUCUUUAUUGAAGAUGCCAUUCAGUAUCGGUCCAUCAAUCACAAGGUUGACUCAAGAUCUUUGAACUUGUACAGAUGGUACUACUCCAGGAUAUGUCAGUGGGGUCUUGGUUUUACCAUUGCUGUGAUUCUGGCUCUGGCCUUUGUGGAGAAACCUUCCUCGAUCACAUACACAUCAGACCCCCGCUACAGGCCUGAGCCCUGGGAGCCGCCAUGUGGCCUGCCGGAGGCCAUAGAGAUGGUCUGCCUCUGCAUCUUCAUCUUAGACAUAGUAGUCAAGAGUUAUCUGAUUGGAUGGGAGGAGUUCCGUGUGAAUAAAUGGCUGCUCGGCUACGUGCUAGUUAUAUCAGUUUCGGUUGUCGACUGCAUCAUCUCUUUUGCCAUGCUGUGUGAUACGACCAUACGGGUCAGGAGACUGAUUCGGCCAUUUUUCCUCUUGCAAAAUUCCUCCUUAAUGAAGAAAACUCUAAAGUGUAUCAAAAGGACACUUCCAGAAAUAGCGAGUGUGAUCCUGCUUCUGGCCCUCCAUCUGUGCUUAUUCACAAUGAUUGGUAUGCUGAUCUUCCCCAAAUCUGAGGACUCGUCGAAGAACGGGGAAUGGGAGGUUUACUUCAGAAACCUGCCUACAGCCUUGUCCUCUCUGCUUGUGCUGCUGACGACCGCAAACAACCCAGACGUGAUGGUUCAUGCAUACUCACUGAAUCGGGGAUAUACCAUAUUUUUUAUACUUUUCAGCGUAUGUGGAACCUACAUCUUGAUGAAUUUGCUCACUGCUAUUAUCUACAACCAGUUCCGAGGCUAUUUGCUGAUGUCGGUGCAGGCUUCCAUUUUAAGGAGGCGUCUGGGGAUCAGAGCUGCGUUUAAGGUGCUGUGCUGUCCGGGUCAAAGCCACGACGAUAAUUCUGAUGGUCAUGAAAAGAAGGUUCGAGUGGGCACAGUGCUGCAGGUCAUGAGAAGAGUGCAGAUGAACUCAUACUACAGAAAAGCUGUCAUUAAGGCUGCUCAGGAAUUCCCUGAUGGUUUUAUUGAUGGUGAAGCAUUUCAGAGGCUGUUUAAUGAACUGGAUAAGGAGCACAUCAGAGAGCACCCACCAAAACCACAGUACAGCUCCUCGAUUCUACAGUGGAUCCAGAAAGUGUGCAGUCAUUACUACCUCACUGUGGUGGGAAACGUCGUAGCUCUCGCCAACGUCAUCUGCAUCUGUACCAUCUUGGUGCUGGAUUCGGAAAAGACUGUAAUGGAAAGGAAUGAUUACUACAUGGAGGUCAUUAAUUGGGCGUUUAUCGUCUACUACCUAAUAGAGAUGAUACUGAAGCUGAUUGCCUUUGGUUGGAGGGGCUACCUCUCUUACAGAAAUAACAUCUUUGAUGGGUUCUUCACCCUCGUCCUGCUGAUUCUCCAGGUUACUAUUUUUGUCAUGUUCAGGAUUACUGGUCCACAAUCGAUGCCGAGGCAGAGCGGGGACAUGUCUUUGUGGGAAAUGGUGCGACUGGUCAACAUGUUGAUUGUCUUCCGUUUCCUCAGGAUCAUUCCGGAAAUCAAGUUGAUGGCUCUGGUGGCUAGCACUCUGGUGGACCUUGUGAAGAACUUGCGAGCUUUUGCCGGAAUUCUGGUGGUGGUGUACUAUGUGUAUGCCGUGAUUGGUAUCUGGCUUUUCCAGGGAGCUAUUACACCUCCACUCUCAAGUGUGGCCAACUCAAGUAGUAGUGAGAAUGGAACAUCAAACUUCACCAUGGAGUGUGGCUCCUAUGAACAACUGGAGUAUUGGCCAAACAACUUUGAUGACUUCGCUUCAUCUCUAGUACUGCUGUAUGACGUGAUGGUGGUGAAUAACUGGCAGGUGUUUAUGGACGCCUACACAAGAUACAGCACUGAGUGGUCCAAGGUAUACUUUGUAUCCUGGUGGUUAACCUCGUCUGUCAUGUGGGUCAAUCUGUUUGUGGCACUCAUUUUGGAGAACUUCACUUACAAAUGGGACAAAAGCCAUGCGAUGAGUGUAUCAGAUGUGGAGAGAACAAGCUAUGAGACUACAGUGCACGUGAUGUUCAGAGAUCAAAUCCAAGAACCCAGUCUGGAAGACGUAGAGAACCAUCUCCAGUGUCUUCCACAUCUUCAUCUCCCUCGCUGGUCGCUGCAAUCACACAGCUCUUAACCGCAGCGACACACACAUUUACAUUACUCCUGCCUGCAGUGUGAAGGGGUGCAGACGUCCGUAGUCUCGGUGUGGGGAUGGUGCAGAAGACAGCGUCAUCUGCUGCUCAGUUUUCUUCUAAAGUGACAUGGCACUGUUUUAAAAUGCCAAAGUCUUUUUAAUAUCGUUUUUAAACUUAUUUAUUUUUCCAUUAGUUUAGUAUUAGAACGUUUCUAUCUCUGUUACCAAAGGGAAAUUAUCAGAUUUUUUUUGUUUGUUUGUUUUGAAAUGAAUGUUUUAUCUAGAUGAAGAAUUUUAUGGAGAGUUUGAAUUUCCAAAAAAAUCGGAAAUUGCUUGCAUAAGUAUUCAACCCCCUUGAACUUCUGCGUAUUUUGUCGUGGUUAUAUAUCAUGCAUCUACACCGAACGUAUGAUUAUUUAAGUGUGGGGAGGUCACUAUAGAUUUUAGACUUCAUUCCACUGAUUCCACGAAUAUAUUUGGUGGAAUUCUUAUAAAUUCUUAUAAGUCGUGAUUAGUAAACCCAAUUAAAACCAUUCGAGUUCCUGGUUGUAACUUAAUGCGAAAUAGCGAAAUGUAAGAUGGGGAGUGAAAACUUAUGCAACAUUGUCUGAAAUGUCAUUAAAGUGUCAAAUGGCAUCACUUUUAUUACUCCACUACUUCUCACUCACUCAACUACUCAUCUCCCAGAAGCACCGUUGAGCUCAAACACAGGCAGGAGAUGACGGUGGAAUGGAACUAGUGCACUGAAAUAACCCUGAAGCUCUGACUGUGUAUCGGUGCAGUCAUGGGAAUGUGAAGAUCAGGACAGGUGUGCUGCUGAAAUGUAGAAUUUAUUGAGGUGCUUUAAAACUCAACAAAGAUGUAAUGGUGUCACACCAUUAUCAGAUAUCUUUUUGUCUAAACUUUCUACAAAAGAAGCAUAUAGGGUCACUGGAGCAGUAGAUGGCACAUACAGUAUACCUUCCUUGAGACCUUCAAACCUUGAUAAAUGGUGCUGUUCUGUGUGGGGCAGUCUAAGGAAGCCACUGUCUGCUUUAAUUCUGAAUGCUGCAGGCUUUCCUGUUUCUCUUUUCAUGAAUAGAAGUAUAGGUUUGAAAGCUGCUUACUUUUAAAAGUGAAAAGGUAGAAACUUUGCAGAAGGAUUUCAUUCUGGCUGCAGAUGACAGCUUCAGGAUUAGCUAGCAAGGUUUUUGAAGAACUCAGACUUAGCGAGCAAUGUUCUAUUGACAUUUUUACAGUAUGUUGACUGAUACCCCAUCCAUAUACAGAUAUCUUUGAAAAGUUUCAGUACAGAUAUUUGUUUUUGACCCUGCGACACAGUUUGAUGAGCAGUGUGAUGGAUGGCGGGAUGGAUGGAUUUGUUUUUGGAAGGGCUGAUAUCACUGUGUGAACCUGUGCAUGCCUGUUGGGGUUUUUCAUGAAUGUAAUUCCGGCUUUGUUUCAUUAUUAUUAUUAUUAUUAUUAUUAUUAUUACACCCUUGUGCAGAUGUGCCAGAUGUUGUACUGCUUCUGAAUGGACUGCUCUGUCUGUACAGACCACAUGGAGAUUUGGAUUUUGACACUAUGGAUUCAGGCGCCUCCUUACAUAACUGUUGCACCUCACCUGAGGGUUUAUUUUACUUUUAUUACCGUUUUCCACACUUCCUCUGCCGCCCAAGGCGCAGCUCUUAAAGUUCUUUAAAUUCUUGAGACGUUUGAUGUUACAGGUUAUGAAAUGCUGUCACCGUGUUGGCAUGCUCUUCAUGUGAAAGUUUUUAUUUUUUUGCAGUUUCAUUUGGAGGAAGAUAUUUCUGUUCAUUUGGGUUUUCCUUUUGAACAGAAAGUUUUAAAAAACUUUUUAAAAUAUACAUGUGAAUGGGACCCAUUUGGCCCUUUAUAGCAUAGAAAGAUUGAAAAAGUAUGUAAAUACAUUUCUAUAUCAUUUCAGUGAAAUAUAUUUAUGGUUUUUCAAUGUAUAUAUCCUCAAUUUUGGACAAACCUGAUUUAUUUUUUUGGUUUGUUUUGUUUCAUUUUGUCAGAAUCAUCCGAUGGUUUUCCCAGACCAAGUCUGGUUGCUGGAUAAUUUGGUUCAUUUCUCGUUGCUGUGUACAAUCAUCAGAGCGCAAUAUUAGUCUGUAUAUCCAGUCAAAUGUAGCCCGUGUUUUUCAUCCUAAUUUUUUAUCCACCACAUUUGUAGUGUAGGAGUGAUAACCAAAAAACCAGAACUACUGUGUACACAAAAGUUUUGUGUAAUGGAAACUUAAGGGCAGUAAUUAAUAACGCUUACCUCUUAUGUCCAUGGUUGUCAUGCAAAAAAUCUCAGUUAUAAUAUUUUGAUAUCUAGUCACAUUUCAUUUUAUAAAGUUCAAAUAAACCAAAUAUAAAAAGGCCUAUUUUACUCUUUAUAAGCUUUACAUGUUCUUAUUCUUUUGGCAGAUAGUUUAGCUUCUUUCUAGAAACUACUUCUUAAAAUAAUCUGCCAAUAGAACAAGAAAAUAUAAGCUUAAAUACUGUAAAAUAUGUCUAGCCUUAAUAAUCUGGAGAUUUUGGUUGUUGAUAUGUUUGACUAAGUUCAAGAUAUUUUGUUGAUUUUUUGCAUGGUGAGGGUUUGAUUCCUGUCUCUAACCUGUGCGUGGAGUUUGCAUGUUCUCCUCGUGCUUCGGGGGUUAACUCUGCGUACUCCAUUUUCCUCCGCCAGUCAAAAAAAGUGUUGUUGGCCGAUUGGUAAAUUGUCCUUAGUGUGUGUGUGUGUGUGUGUGUGAUUGUGCACUGUGAUGGGUUGGUACACCAAUAAGGGUGUCCCUCACCUUGAGCCUUGAGUGUAGAACUCUUACAGAAGAUGGAUGGAUGGAUGGAUGGAUGGAAUUCCUAUGUAGGUGUUGUAGUUAUAAAGCAUAACACAUGAAUAGCACAAAAAGGAACUAGAAUUAGAAUCAUUCAAUCUGUUUUGUUGUCUUUCUUUCACAUUUAGGUCACGUCUCUCGUGUUAAUAGUACGGUUUACUGUUUGAAUAUAAUGGUGUAGUUUUGAAUUCAUGUUCUAGAGCUAAUCACGGACCCUUUGUACCAAAAUCAAACACUUUCACUUCCUUUCUCAUUUCGUAUCUGAAAAUCUCACACGCUCUACAAAUGUGGUUAGGUAAUAUUGGAUUGAAAAAUGCUUUAUUGAAUUCAUUUCUUUUCAGAGAAAUGUAGCUGAAGGUAUGAUGGAGCUUUCGAACUCGUGUAUAGUUUGUUGUAUGAAAUUAUCAGUAAUAAAAUAAACUCUCAAUAUGACUGGGUCAUUUUAAACUCAGUAUGUAAAUAAGAUUUUAAUACAACUUUUAUAGUGAGUGUUGGAUAAAAAAAAAUAUUUUAAGCUAUCAUUCUUAGUCAUAGAUUGUGUGUAAUAUAAACAUAAUAUGCAUCUCUGGUCCCCUCGACUGAGCCUUUCAGCAUUCUGAGGUACAUGUGAAUAAAAUAGAAUGUUGUCCUAAAGG